CAAAUUCGCGCUCUUGCGUCGAAAGUCAGUCGCAGGCCCUGGCCCUGGCGCCAUGGCGCGAACAGGAGAUUGCAUUUACUCCUCUUGAAACAUCGAACGUGAUCGAUCGUGAGGUCGUCUGCUCUGCCCAUCGUAAGAGACGAAAGCCGAGACAAGACGGGCCGUGAGGUCAAUGGGCAGAUGAAACCUCCCGUUCCUUCUCAUCCUCAUUCUCAUUCAUUAUGCUCGCUUAUCCAUCUCACUCUGCCCGACUCGAACCACGAAGCGAGCUCGGUUCGAUGAAUCAUGCAUCUCUUCCGGUCCAUCGAAGACGAAUGCGGCUAUAGCCUUGUGAGCAUGCAUAGUAGGGUCUGAUCUCUGCAGCAGCCAUAUCCACUCGGGAUCUGCAACGACUGUGUCCAUGUGCGAGUCCCACUUGCUGUGGGCGUGGAUUCCAUGCCUCCAGCCCCUCCAGGCACCACUAUAACAACGCCCCUCCAUUAUGCGUCUGCCGAAAAGCAGCACGAGAAGAAGAAGAAGAAGAAGCUCCAGAGGACCGACCCCCCACCCCAGGGGGUCCUAACUUCCGGCACCGUGGGCUCGUUUUUCUCAUUCUGGUGGUGCAUCUGCGACCGUGCCUCCUUCCCCAAGAGCCGGACUCGCCGAACGAGUCGUGCAGGACUGCUACCUGCUCUCGGCCCCUUUCGGUCGCUAGUAGCCCUUUCGUUUCCCUCUUGUGGAGCACACUAGGCGAGAAUCCGAGGACUCAUCUACAUAAAGCGGAAAGGCUCAAAGAUGGGAAGGCGCUUUCAAGAGGGGGCUAGGCCACAAUAUUACUGUACUGGGAGAAAAUGGAUUUGCCAUGGGUGCAUCCAAAUGAGCAUCGCAUAUUGUAAUUUCGCGUAUAUGGUUUUGAUAAGAUGGAGAUGUAUGUUUAGCGAUGGAUACAUGUUACGGAUACAGGAUUAUACAAUGACCUCAUUGCACAUGUACCUUCAAGGAUGAAAGAGCGGAACAAUUAUGCAUCUACUUGCAUGUUCAUAUUCUUGAAUACUUUGGUAGUAGUCGCUACAGUAGUCACUUAUCAUUUCCCCUCUUUGAACAUUAGCACAAGUACAACAUGUAAUCAAGAGUUUGAGAAGAAAGAUAUAUAUAUAUAUAUAUAUACACACAUGUAUAUCUGAACUAAUUUAAGGGGGGCGGCUAGUUAUCUCUCGACUAAGUAGGUUUUGGGCCAAUUAGCCCUCACCCUACUGUAUGGAGCUCACUCAUUGGCCGUAUGGGGUUACGAGGUCCGUGUGG